AUGCUUAGCCCUCAUUGGGGAGACGUUGCAUGCAGUCCCCACAAAUACCUAUAUAAGCCCGGUAUAAUCCCUGCAACGGGAAUAUUUCAUCUUUCAUUGACAUCCUCAUCAUCUCUAAAGACUCAUUCGACGCUAAAACACCGCAAAAUUCCCGGGGACGAGACCGAAGAACACUGGUUCAGAGUGAUAAACAACAGUGGUGCAGCACAGAAGUAUAUCUUCUUUGCUCCGCCUCCCAGCCCCGAUCUCUAUACCCCUGCCUGGAUUGCAAGCGACGAUGUUAACAAUGAGACGGUCUGGAACGUCCACACCACUGCGUACCUCUAUGCCGAAAUUUUCAACCUUGUCUUCAAGGAUGGUGAUUUGAAGCUACAGGAGACAGGAGAAAACGCCGAGUCUCUAAAUACAUUCACGGUCGUCACUAAGGAACUUCCGAAAGAUGACAAGACCUACGUGCUUGCCUUUGGAAAACGCCAACAACCCGACGAUCCCGAAGACCUCGGACCUGUUCAUGCGUGCGCAGCGAUUCCCGUAAAGCAAAACAACAGUCAAGAUGUGACUCCUAUUAUCCAGCUUCAUGCCUCCAACAUCCCCACGGCCCCGGGCGACCUGAUCAAUUACAAUGACUUCAAAGAGAAUUCUGCACACAUCAACUUUGCGGCCAUACUGAGGACGCAGCACUCUGUACCGUUCUUCACAAAACAAGCGACGACAGUAAUGCUGAAUGGGACACUGCUUAUGAUAACACACUCCCUGAGCUUUAGACUUGGUCGUGCUUAA